AUGAGACUAACAGAAUUUGUACAUGAGUAUGAGAAAGCUUCAAAAAAUAUGCGCACAGAAGAGUUAGAAGAAGAUUUUCGUUGCAAACAAGGUACGUCUUUUCAAAUAGUCCAAAAUUGUGGACUUUUGCAACAUGCAUCAUUUGUUUAUACUCGUACAAUGUUUAAAAGAUUUGAGUUAGAAAUUACUUCUACCUUGGGGGUCACACACCAAGAUGUUAAUUCUGAUGGAGUGUCUUUCACCUACGAAGUCAUUGAAGGAGGUGGUCGGAGGGUUCAUGUUGUCCAUUUUAACUCCUCAAAUAAUGAAAUCACGUGCAGCUGUAAAAUGUUUGAAACAUUGGGGUUACUAUGUCGACAUGCUUUGCGAAUACUUAUUGUGAAAAAUGUAACAGAGCUUCCUGUUUUGUAUAUUUUGAAACAAUGGACAAAAAAUGCAAAGAAAGAUAAUGUUGUAUGUGAUCACACAAAAUUAGCAGAUGCAAAUGAUGAGUUGUCAGUGACAUCACGCUGUAAUGAAUUAAUGUGCUCAGUUUAUGAAUUUUUCACAAGAAGUGCAACAACAACUCGGCAUACUAAAAUGUGCAAAAGAAAAAUUAGAGAGAUGAUAGAAUUUGUUGAGAAAGAUAUCGAGAUGUUAAGUGUGGCAAGAGAUGAUGGUGAAAGAGAAAAUAGUUUUGUGGAUAAUAACGUCUCUGGUGAUGUUGAGAAGACUAAUUGCUCACUUAAUAAUUUGCCCAUAUUAGAUCCCCCAUGUGUGCGACCAAAAGGAGUCACAAAUGCGAGAAUGAAAAGCAACAUGGAGAAGCGUAAAAGGAAGGCAUUAAAAGAUAUUACAAGAUCAAGUAUCAGGUGGCUUUCAACAACCAAAACACUUCUUAACACCAGCCUACAAGGCAGAAAAACACUUAACAAGGAUUAG